CGUCAUCUGUCAGUCGUGAAUUUGUCAAAUUGUCAGUGCUCUAUAGUCUCUGCUUGGCUACAAUGAAUGAAGUGGUCGUGUUUGUGUAAAUGAUUGUGGAACAAAGAAUUUACAAGACGAAUUAAAUGAGGCUCGGCAGAGUAUCGCUGUUUAACAUUACUCAUGAGUACGGAAGAGACUCUGUUGAACCUCGAUUUCGACAAGCCGCACAAUCCAAUUACGCUGCCGGAUGACGGCGUGGUAUCUCUGUCCAGUAGUGCUGAGGAGAUUUGUUUAGUGCCAGAGGUCGGUUUUGAGGGCAACGUGGAUUCCCCAGGGGUCAACCGGGAGUCGCAGCCGCUCCUGGGCGGCCGUGGCGACUUCGAAGUGUCCUACAACCAUUUUCCAGAUGACCCGCAGUUCAGUGAGCUGGUAUGGCAGGCGGAGGUGGCCAUCGACAACAACAUUUUCCCAGAGAGGAUAUACCAGGGCUCCAGCGGCUCCUACUUCGUCAAGAACCCUGGUGGAAAAAUAAUAGGCGUAUUCAAACCAAAAGACGAGGAGCCGUACGGCCGGCUAAAUCCAAAAUGGACGAAAUGGAUGCACAAGCUCUGCUGCCCCUGCUGCUUCGGGAGGUCCUGUCUGAUCCCCAACCAGGGGUACCUCUCGGAGGCCGGCGCGAGUCUCGUCGACACCAAGAUUGGACUCAAAAUCGUGCCAAAAACUAGGGUGGUGAAGCUGGUUUCGGAAACGUUCAACUACUUACGGAUAGACCGGGAGCGGUCGCGGCUCAAACGAGCCAUCACCGAGCAGUUCCCUAACCUGCGGUUCAACAGGAUGGGCCUCCCGCCUAAGGCGGGAUCAUUCCAGCUGUUUGUGGAGGGCUACAAGGACGCGGACUACUGGCUGCGGCGCUUCGAGCAGGACCCGCCGCCCGCGCACGUCAUGAGGAAAUUCCAGCUACAGUUCGAACGGCUUGUCGUGUUAGACUACAUCAUAAGGAACACGGAUCGUGGCAACGACAACUGGUUGAUCAAAUACGACGCGCCGCAGGUCACGCCGCGAGGAGAUAUCGACAUGACCGACCCUAGCAAUUGGCAGACGCCGGAAGUGUCGAUAGCGGCCAUCGACAACGGUCUGGCAUUUCCGUUCAAGCACCCCGACUCGUGGCGAGCCUACCCCUACCACUGGGCCUGGCUGCCGCAGGCCAAGCUGCCUUUCUCGCAGGAGACCAAAGAGCUAGUACUUCCGUUAUUAUCAGACAUGAACUUCGUCCAGGAACUAUGUGAUGAAUUAAAUUUAUUAUUCAAACAAGACAAAGGGUUCGACAAGGGUCUGUUCGAGCGGCAGAUGUCCGUGAUGCGCGGCCAGGUGCUCAACCUCACGCAGGCACUCAAGGACAACAAGAGCCCCGUGCAGCUGGUGCAGAUGCCCGCCGUCAUCGUGGAGAGGUCCAAAAGCGGGUCGACGUCGUCGCGGUUCUUCGACUCGUUCCAGCAGCGCUUCCAGCACAAGUCACCUUUCUUCUCCUGGUGGUAGCGACCUAAACAAAUGGUGAUAAUACGUGGUGAAGCUAAUAGUAAAACAAUUGUAUGUAUAUUUAUGUAUGUUCAUGUAAAUUAGUGCAUAUUAAUAUAAAUUAGGUACUGCUGGAUUUGUGUAACUUAAUUUAUGCUAUAAUUUUAUAUCUACUUAAAAAUGUCAAACUUGUAUACAUUGGCUCGGUGCCUCUCCUUUGACUUGAAUAUUGGUUUCCUAAUGGGCCCCGUAGACAACGUGCCAAUCGCUAACGCUACGUAGCGAACGAAACGCAACUGUCACUGUCACAUUAAUAUGGAAGAGUGAUAGAGACACAAAGCGAUUUGAUAGCGAAGCGCAAGCGACUGUCACCUUGGCUAGGCCGGAUGGUUAUUUCAUUUGUGAUAGGUUCA